UGCGACUCAACCCAGCGGUGAACGGGCCAAAUUAAGUGCAUUUUCCGCAGCUGGUGAUGGCGGAUGUUGUUGAAAAAGACACCAUGAAGAAUUACCAAAUCGCGUCUGAGAGGAUUAACCCAGAGAUCGGCCGCUUUCCGUACUGUGUUGUGUGGACGCCGAUCCCGAUACUAUCAUGGCUGGUUCCAUUCAUCGGCCACAUUGGAAUCUGCACUUCCACUGGUGUCAUCCGGGACUUUGCCGGACCUUACUUUGUCUCCGAAGGCAACAUGGCUUUUGGAAAACCAACAAAGUACUGGAUUCUUGACGUGAGCAAAGUCUACGCGAGCGGUUCCAACGCCUGGGACACGGCGGUGCACGACGCCUCAGAGGAGUACAAGAACAGGAUGCACAACCUCUGCUGUGACAACUGCCACUCGCACGUCGCCAUGGCUCUGAAUCUGAUGCGAUAUGAAAACAGCACCUCGUGGAACAUGAUGAACCUCUGCCUCCGCGCUCUGAUCCACGGGAAGCACAUCAGCUGUGCAGCCUUUCUGAAGACCUGGCUGCCCUUCCUGAUGCUGGUGAGCAUCAUGCUCACAGCGGCCCUGGCCAUCAACCUGCGGUGACCUUGGGGAGGCGGGCCGAGGACACGGCGGGACCCCCCCGCAGGUCGGGAUGUGGGGGGUCGACCUCUCGGACAACAACGCACGGUGUCGAGCGAAAGCGAUCGAGGAGAUAAACACUUCCUGUUGAGCGAGAACGUCCGGCGCGCGGUUUGGUUUGUGGGAAGCAGGCAGCCGGUUUCUGGCUUUGCUCCAGCCGGGAAGCUGGAGGGAAUCAGUCAUUUAUUUAGAGAGAGAGAGGGAGAGAGAGAGGUGACUGGACACGCCCACAAACUACCUGAACACACUUAAUGGAUUAUGAUUAUUGGAAGCCUAACCGCAGGUUUUAAGCCAUUGCCGCCUGCAAGGUGUGGACUCUGAUUGGUCGAGUAGAGGAACACACGUAACCGUCUCAGAGGGAACACAUUCAUGCCUUGCUUUCAGAUAUUUGCCGAUUUUUACUUUUACUUCCAGGACGUUCCAGGAGCACAAACAUAAUAAACAUUAAAUACAUUUUC